UUGUGGUAAAGAAUUACCCAGAUUAUCCGAGGUUCAGAUAAUGACGUUCGUAUUACAGCCAAACUUCUCGCUUCCGUAGAUUGAUAAAAAAUUUCUUCUUUAUGGUGCUCUUUCAUAUUCUUAUGCUGCAUUCCAACAAAUUAACUUCAUGGAUUGUUCUUUGCUUCUCAACACACUUAGAAAAAACAAGUAUAGGUUGAUGACCACAAGGAAGUUUACUAGCAAAUAAAAAUGAUGGUCCCCACAAGAAGCCAUGAAGCCUAAUCCCUAAAUACUACAUGAUUACAAUUGCAAUAGCUCAAUGGGGCAAGGAAAUAAGCUCUCUCUCUCCUCACCCCAAUUCAACUUUUCUUUCAUUGCAAUGAGCAUCUUUGGAGAAAUUACUAAGUAGACUUGGUUUACCAGUUUAUCGGAGGUCUAAUACAAAAGUUCCUGGCGAGUCUCCUUAAUCCUCAGAUGACUUGGUGGAUUGAGUAUAUCUAGUAGUUUCUUUGCAUUUGGGUGCCUUUUCUGAGAAGCUCCAAGGUUCCCUUUAAACGUCCACAUGAAAGAGAAUAUUUCAUUCUUUUAGCUCAAGCCCCCUUACAAGGAGUUUCUUUAAGAGUUGCCGAACUUUCGCCAGAGUUUAAAUCAACGAUCAUGGGAAAUCAACAGUCAAGAUGGAAGCUAGAGAAAAUGUUCGGUAUUAGACGGUAUGUACGUCUAAGUUCCUCUUCUCAAGUAGAACCUCGUUUACAGGCUGAUGGCUGCAGAGACAAAGUAUCUGCAGUUCACUGAUGAUUGUAAAGCUGAUAUUGAAACUAUUCGUAAGAGGAACUCAGUUCUUGAGAGGAAGGUCGAUGAUCUAACAAGGAAUGUCAAUGAUCUCCUAUCAAGAACUUCCAAGUAUGAAAAGGACAACAAGGCCGAAAUAGAAAGGAUGCAAACAAAAAAUGCUAAUCUUGGUAGUGAAAUAAAACAGUGUGAAAAGGAUAACAAGGCCGAAAUUGAAAGGAUGCAAAGGAAAAUUGCUAAUCUUGAAAAUGAAAUAAAAAACUUGAAGAGAAAGAUUGCUGCAUUGGACAUCAAAUCGGCCAAUAGCAGGGGUAUGGAGUUGUCAGCUACUUGUUUGACAUCACAAUUAAUUCUAUCGGAGCCCAAGGAUAUAAUUAGCCCAAUGGAAAUGGAAUACCAGGAGGGAUCAAACUCAUCUGACGAACUGGCUGCUGGGAUGAUCAUUUUGAUCUUUCUCAUUAGCUUCCUUAUUGGGAUGCAAAUCUCAACUUUCACCUAGAAUUGUUUUCCUCAGAGAAUUGCAGUAUUUUGAAUAUAUGUAAUAAAUACUACAUGAGUUACUGCUGGUUGGUGGAUGCCAUAUCUAUUUGCUUUCCUAGGAUUUCUACUGCUGUUCUUGUUUCUAUAUAUUUAACUGCUUAUAAAACAGAGUUUGCUGAUUUUCUGGUAAAAAUGUAUUGAAUUAAGCUGAAUUUUAAAUUAUUCAAAAUACGACUUUCCAA